AUGGCUCCCCUCGCCCAACCGGGAACAAACCCGCUCUACCUGGACAAGCUGCUGUCAGACCUGCGGUCCUUUCUGCUCAUCCUGGACCGGGAAAGCCUCAGUGCCGCAGCUCGGGCCAAGAAGAAGUCAGUGGCAGAUCUCCUCUCCCGGCUGCAGAGCCCCUCGUCAGAGGAUGCAGAGUACAUGAUCAUGCGCUGCCUCUCGCCUUCCCUGGGGACCCCGCAGGGCCGGGCCAGCCCGGGAACCAGGACGGCGGAUGGAACAGGAGGGAGAACCUGCGAGUGCCGCCCAGCCAGCACCCUGAGCCUGUAUGGAGGGAGCAAGGUGCCGGGCAUCUCACCGUCCCCACCAGCCGACGACUCCUACGAAGAUGCCGAACCCCUUGGCCCUGGCAGAGACACUGGCUCCGGCGGUGCCGACACCGACAGCAGCCACUACGAGUCGUAUGGGGAGGAUGAGGAUGGCGUGACGGACCGUGCCCACUACCUGCGGCGGCCCCCGGCCCCUGGCCCUGAUGCCGAGCUCGCCAGCCGCCCCGAGGCGCAGCUCUGUGGCUUUCUCUGGAGGAAACGCUGGCUGGGGCAGUGGGCAAAGCAGCUCUUCAUCGUCCGGGAGCAUGUGCUGCUGUGCUUCAGGUGUGCCGCCGACCCGCAGCCGGUGCUGGAGCUGGACCUGCGGGGCUGCCACGUCGCCUACAAAGCCAAGCAUGGCAAGAAGAUGCCGCACGCCCUGAAGGUGACGGGGACGGCGGGUGAGGUGCUGGUCAUCGGUUUCCAGAGCCGGCAGCAAGCUGAGGACUGGAGGAAGGUGAUCGAAGAGGUCAGCAGCGAUGCUCCGAGCGGGCUGGCAGCCAUCAGCGUCCCAGCGUCGCCCUCCUUGAGGCUGGGCAGGGCUGUCGGGUCCCAGCUCGGCAAGGAGGAGGAGAAGGAGGAUCGCUCCCGGCAGAGCCCUGCCCGCAGCCCCCGGCCUGGAGAGGAUGCUAAAGGAGGUUUUCUGGCGGUGCGCCUGCGCGGGCGGUGGCAGCGGCUGUGGUGCGCGGUGCGGCAGGGAGCCCUCCGCAUGUUCCCCGAGCCCGGCGGUGCCCAGCACCCCGUCUGCGCCCUGCGGCUGGGGGGCCUCGGGCGCCUCCGCAUCCGCAUCGCCCAGCGGGGCCGGGAGCUUGCCCUGCUGCAGACCCGUUCGGAUGAGGAGAGGGAAGCCUGGCUGAAGACCCUGCAGGCCAGGGGAGGAGGGGAGCCGGCUGGCGACAGCCCCCGCACCGAGACCCCCAGGCUGGGCGAUGCCAACAGCUGCCCCGCUGCGGGCGGGCUGCUGCUCCGCCGUGUCCCGACCCCCAACGCCUACAUGGAUGACCCCUUCGGGCAGCUCCCGCCAGCCGAGGCCCCCAAGCACCUCUACUCCAACAUGGAGCGGCUGCAGCAGCUGCAGCAGAGCUUGGACCGAGCAGUGCAAGGGCAGCGCAAGAGACCGGUGUCUGCGCUGCCCAGUGGUGCCUGCAGCAACGCCCCGGGCAGCACCCUGCCCUCGCAGGCAGGGAAGAGAGCCUUCCCCAAGCUGGAGGAGAAGGUGGGGCAGCUGGAGAGGGCCUGCCGCAUGAAGGGCAGGCUGAAAGCUGGCUCCGAGAUGAACCUGCUGGCCAUCGGCAAGUCACUGAAGGGCCACAUCACCGCCACGGCCAGCUCGGCUGGCUCCGAGGGCUCAUUCCUCACGCCGCUGUUGAAGCGCACCGCGUCGGCGAAGAGCGCCCUGAAGCCAUCUCCCUCCCCGGUCAUCGUCGAGAAGGGAAAAGUGCUGCAGAAGAGAAAGCGGGAGCCCAGCGUGGACCUGCUGGAAGCCUUCACCGAGCACUGGAAGGGCAUCACUGGCUACCACAUGGAGGCCACGGACGAGAGCAUCCCCGCCAGACAGACGGACAUCCCCUGGCGCCUCAAGCAGAUGCUGGACAUCCUGGUGUACGAGGAGAAGCAGCGCCCGGCGGGGGAAGCCGGGCCAUGCCUCGAGUACCUGCUGCAGCACAAGGUCCUGGAGACCCUCGGCACGCUGGGCAAGGCGGAGUACCCCCCCGGGAUGAGGCAGCAGGUCCUCCUCUUCUUCAGCCGGGUGCUGGGGCAGGUCCAGCACCCACUCCUGCACUACCUCAACGUGCACAGGCCGGUGCAGAAGCUGCUCCAGCUCAGCGGCGACCGCCUGGGCUCCGGCACAGAGAAGGAGGAGGUGCAGUUCGCAGCCGUCCUCUGCACAAAGAUCAAGCAGGAUCCCACCCUGCUGGUGUAUAUUCUGGAGGGCAAGAGCAUCCUGAAUGGGAGGAGAGCCCAGGAGCUGCCGGCCAGCCCUGUGAAAGAGGGUGCAGAGGAUCCCCCGGGCACCGCCGCCGCUGCUGGGUGCCCCCCAGCCGAGCCCUCCCCGCCACGGAGGGACAGCAACCUCGUCACGUCCUUGGUGGGGCUCUGCAAGAGCAAGAAGAGCAGGGUCGCGCUGAAGGCUCGGGAAAACCUGCUCUUGCUCGUCGGGCUCGCCCAGGAGGCAGCUGCUGCCUGCCUGGUGCGGAGCAGCGUCCUGUGCCAGCUGCACCGACCCUGCCGAUGUCCUCGCCCUGGAGAGGGCCAGCUGGAGGUAAGGUCACAGGGUGAUGCUGCCGGCGAUGGGGUUUUCCCGGGGAAGGAGAGCCUGGCUGCCUUCUUCGGCUGGCUGGACUACCUCGAUGAGCUGGUGAUGGGUGCCCACCCGGUCGUGGCAGAUGCCAUCGCUGAGGCCGUGGAGGAAAAGUUUUUCCAGGGCACCCUGCAGCCGCAGCUCCUGCAGAUGUCUGAGCUUGCCGUCCUCAGCACCACAGCCAUGCUGACGGGCACGGUGCGGCAGAUCCACUCGUCCCCCCUGCUCCACCGCCUCGUGCUCUUCUUACUGGGGCCGGACCGGCACCCCGAGACCCCGGGGGAUGCCCCCCACCCUCUGCGCACCCAGCUCAUCGACCGCUGCAACCACCUCUCCGAUGAGAUCAGCCUGGCCAGCCUACGGCUCUUCGAGGAGCUCCUGCAAAAGCCCCACGAGCACGUGGCACACAGCCUGGCGCUGAGGAACCUGGAGGCGAGGGGCUACCUGCAGCGUGGCCCCCCCAUGCCCGAUGACCGUGGACCCCCUGAACUGGACCCCGAUGAGGACGGGCUGGACCUGGAGGAGGAUCCCUAUUUCACUGAUGGAUUCCCAGAUGCCGGCUUCAGGAUGGCGAAAAAGCCUCCGCUGGGAUCAGCCCCAUCGGCGAAGGGGCAAGUGAGCGAGGUGGUCAGCAGCUUCCUCUGCCUGGUCCCCGAGGAGGCGAAGACCUCCUUGUGCAUGGAGGAAGGCGGCUACGACACCUACGUGCACGAUGCCCUGGGCAUGGUCCAGGCGUGCCGUGCCAGCGCGGCCCUGUGGGGGUGGCCACUAGCCCCCCGGCCCCUCGAUGCCUGCCAUCCCGAAGUGACAUUUUACGAGGGCCAUUUCCUCAAGGUGCUGUUUGACCGGAUGACUCGGAUCCUGGACCAGCCCUACAGCCUGAACCUGCAGGUGACCUCGGUGCUGUCCCGCCUGGCCGCCUUCCCCCAUCCCCACCUCCACGAGUACCUGCUGGACCCCUACCUCAACCUGGCACCCGGCUGCCGCUCACUCUUCUCCGUCCUCGUCAGGGUGAUCGGGGACCUGAUGCAGCGGCUCCAGCGUGUGCCCCAUUUCAGGGCCAAGCUGCUCCUGGUGCGCCGGCAGCUCAUGGGGCUGGUGCCCGGCGAGCAGUAA